GGCAACACAUAUUUGAUCACCAUGGGAAAGACAAAAUCACGGCUACAUGUUCAAGGAAACUCUAUCUAUGGGCGGAGCAGUCGCAGUCGAAGGCGAAGGAGUGGGUCAGUCAUGUUCAAAAGAUUCAUCGAAACAGGAACAAGAAGCAACCCCUUGUUGUUAGCCUCUGCGCAAUUCGGAAAGUCGACCAUUCUGAUGGUGAAGCACAGAUAUUCCUUAAGCCUAAGCAGGUUAAAUGGUACAAACAAAAUGCUCCAUAUGAUUUAAUCAUAUUAUGUGUGGGUGAGCAAUGUCUUCUCUGGGAAAUUGAGAUGCAACCGAAGGAUAGCUUUCAUCUUAAAGAAGGUUUUAAACCCUGCGAACUACCCAAAUUUCUUAAAGACUUCCUAAGCAGUGAUCGAACCAUUGUUGUGGGGUUAGGGAUAGACACUGUUUUGAAGAAGCUCCAAAGCGAUACUGAUCUGUUGAUUUCUAAGCAAGUUGAGAUCAGAGAUUUUAUGCAAGAAAAAUUUGGAGAUCCUAAAUACAGUGGAGGGUUUACGAAGCUUGACUUAGGGAAGUUGUCUAAGACACUACUUGGGCCAGAAAGGGAGGUGGUGAAGCCUAGACACAUUCUAUGGAAUAAUGGUGUUCGUUAUGGUGAUUUUUCUGAUGAUUUGAUUACCUAUGGUAGCAUUAAGGCAUUCCUUGUUGCUAAGAUGUAUUCUGAGUUAUGUGAUCCACAAUCAGCAGAGAACUUGAAAACAAAAUGGAAUGUUGCCCUCAAUGCGCAUUUGGUGACUUAGAAGAAGAUUAAGGCCAAG